GUGAAGCCAAGGCAAUGAAGCGGUUCUUUCCCUGUCUUGUCCAAGAUACAUCACAUUCCGAAGAGUGUGCACUGCAGACCGCACAAGAAUCGCCAGCCCUGAGUCCACGAUGUUCCAGGUCUGAGCCACCGUGUUUCUGUGGAGAGCCAAACCACUGCCAUGGGGAUGACUGGAUUGUUGAUUGGGAACCAUACUACCUUCCCUGUGUAUUUGAGAGCUGGGACUGCCUGAGAUACCAUUCCGGAUUGAAUUGUGCCAUGAAGAAGGGCACAGACACAGAGGUCUUCCAGAGUAAGAGUCAGAGGGGGCCAGAAGUGUUCCCAGGAGAUGUGGACAUGGACAAUGACAAAGAUACAGAGGAGCCAGACCAACCCUCACCUUGCUUGCUCAUGGAGAAAGGGCUGGAACUUGAGACCUGUGAUGGUGGAGAUUGCCCUGACCAGGAUCCAGCUUCUGACAGUCCCAAGGGUGUAGGCUGCUGCUUAUGGCUUCAAAGGGCUUUUGGCCAGAAGAAGUGAGAAAGCCACCCAGAACUCAAUGUGGAGCCCAGGAGCCCUGAUGCCUGCUAAGACUUGCAAUGAGGGGAUCAC